AUGUCACCUAGGAUAGACGACCCUCGAGCGGGUACUGUGCGUGCCGUGCCGCACCCGCCGCUUGAUAAAUUAAGCGAUCCUUUAAGCGUGGAGCCACCAGAGACCCCAUGUCCCUCUUAUCUAGAGACAUCUCAAGCACGCCAUUGGAUGUUUAGUCGUGAAGAACUCAAUCAGUUGCGGUCGGAGACGUAUGCACAGGCAACGGCUGCUCUUCGUGAGUUUGUGAAAGAAAACGAACCAGGGACUACUCUUCAUCUUCUUUCAAAAGAAGAUGAGCUAUCUAUUAUCCGGUUUUACUUGCUUCGAAUUGGACGUCUUGUAAAGGCCUUUGGACUCCCGUCUCUAGUUGAAGCAACAGCUAUGACACUGAUGAAGCGAUUCUAUUUACGGAAUUCUUGCAUGCAAUUUCAUCCCAAAUUGAUAAUCAUAUAUCUUGCUUCCAAAGCAGAAAACUAUCCUCUUCCUCUAUCUGUCUUCUGUACUCAAGUGAACAAAAAUUCGGCACCCCGAGACCCGGGCCAAACUCCGUCUGCAGCUCGAGGCGAUGUCACUGAAAAAAUUAUUGAAGAUCUUGAAUUUGGGAUGGUACAAAGUCUGAACUUUGAAUUGGCUGUCCAUGGCGCCCACCGGGCCUUGUAUGGCCUUAUCCUUGAUCUUCAAACUAUCGAGCCUUCUCUCACUCGCGAUGAGUGGCUUUCCAUUGCAAGUGCCAUACAAUCGAAUUUACAUCUUUCUCGUUUCUCCGAUGCAGAAUUCCUCUACACUCCCUCCCAAAUUGCUCUAGCUUCAUGCUGGAUUUCUUCCACGGGUAGGGACUCGCUAUCUGGAAAAGCGCUUGCAGAAAAAUGGCUCUCCAGCAAAGAAGAGCUGUCUACCCAGAUUCACAAGAAAAACGUC